AACAACUCCUCAGGUUCAUCAGUGAUAGUGAAUCUACCAUCAUGUACUCUCCAGUCCUGUGUAUUGCAGCCCUAGUGAUGGUUUUGGUGGGAGUUUCCCACCAAGAGCCAAUUCCAGGGGGUGGCCAGUUCCAAGGAGGGGGAGGUGGAGGCUAUCUUCCAGGGCAAGGUGGAAACGGUGGACAUGGAGGGCAAGGGGGGAGUUUCGGUGGUCAAAGUGGAGGUUUUGGAGGCCAAGGAGGUGGUUUUGGAGGCCAAGGAAAAGGUCAGGGUAACGGAGGGGGAGGCUUUGGUAAUCAAGGAAGAGGUUUCGGUGGUUCUGAAGGAUCAGAUGGCAGAUAUGGAUUCAACAUUGUAGACACUGACGACAGAUACGGCUACGAAGCCAACAUCCCUGGUGCUAAAUCCAACUACUUUCUCCUUGGAGCAAAUAGAGGACCAGGGGCUAAACGCAGCGGUGGGAGCGGCAGCAGUGGUAUCGGCAGCGGUGGUAGCGGCGGUGGUGGUAGCUACGGCAGUUGGUGAACAUUCUGAUCUGUUGCUCAUUAUUCUUCCAUAUCCAAUAUGAGGGAAAAGUUGUAAUAUCUUAUGAAAGAAAUAUUUUCUAACAACAUGUUUAAAUUUGUUUUGAAUCGAAAUAAUUGUACAAGAAUUCCUAUGUUUUAUAAGUGUUUUGUAUCUAUCGAACGAAAUUCUUCAAUAAAAUCGUCCUCAGUAGUUUAAAA